AUGACGAGCGCGAAAGAUACUGAUUCACUGGAGACACCAGAGCGAACAUGUUUCGGAAUACCUCUCUCUGCACUAGCGGUGUGCAUUGCCUUGUCCCUCACUGUUGGACUGAUUGGCAUGGAUGGCACAAUUGUGGGCGUAGCAACUCCUGAAAUUACGACCGAUCUUGGAAGUCUUGGUGAUAUACGGCUCAGCUUUUUGGCAGCAGCAGCGUCUCAACUUGUCUUUGGCGCCCUUAACCGAGUAGUCCCUCACAAACAUGUCUACAUUGCAGGAAUCUUCCUGUUCGAGCUCGGUUGUCUGCUUGCCGGACUAGCGAACACAUCUACAAUGUGUAUCGUUGGUAGGGCGUUUUCUGGCCUAGGCUGUUCUGGAGUUGUAUCAACCUCACUAGUACUCGUAACCGAAAUUCUACCACCUGCCCGUCUCCCACUCAUGAUCGGAGUCUUGGGUGCUAUGGAGUUGGUCGGCCAGAUUACUGGUCCUCUCAUUGGUGGUGCCCUGACGGAUAACGCAUCAUGGAGAUGGUGCUUCCUGAUAAAUGUACCCAUGGGAACAGUGGCUGGUGCGGUCGUUUUCUUCUUGCUCAGGACCCAUCGAAAGCCUUGGAAGACGAUUUUCCAAGAGCUAAAGUUGAUUGACGGCAUCGGCAUUCUCAUCUUAACUCCGGCCAUUGCUCUCAUUUUGUUCGUCGUUCAGUCUGGAGGGAACACGUUCGCAUGGAACAGCGCGCAGUCUAUCAGCAUGUUGACAGUGGGAUUCGCUCUCCUCGUGGCGCUCGUAUUCUGGGAGCACCGAAAGGGCGAGGCCGCUGUCAUUCCCCUAACACUGUUCAAGAACCGCAGCAUCUCUUUCGCCGCAGCUUUUGCUGUCGCGGCUGGUAUGGCUAUGGCUUUGUUUGACUACUACAUCCCGCUUUGGAACCAAGUCAUCAAAGGCUACUCAGCCGCACGCUCUGGCAUCCUGCUUUUACCCCUAAACGCUUGCUCCGCUGUUGGUGUGAUGGCAGGUGGCCUUCUGGCAAACACCAUCGGUCGCGCGAACCCUGUUAUGCUUCUCGGUGGUACUCUUACGGCCAUCGUAUCUGGUCUUUUCAGCACCAUUACCAUGGCCAGCACUGACUCCCUUAUCAUGGGGAUCUCGGCACUGGCCGGUUUCGCUGCUUUGGCGUCUCAGCAGCCCAUUGUUGUGGCCCACAACGCUGUCGAGACCAAGCUAUCACCAACUGCCAUCUCAAUGAUGCUCUUCAGCAGCAUGGUGGGCAGUGCGAUCAGUCUUGCCAUUGCGCAGGCGGUCUUCCUCAACAAGCUUCAAGGUAACCUUCGUCCAGUACAAGGCGUCGACGUAGACAAGAUCAUCCGAAGUGGCGCGACCGAGCUUCGCCACAUCGUUGAUCCAUCAUUGCUACCAAAAGUUCUCGAACUUUACAACCUUUCGAUUGUUCAAGUGUUUUACAUGGCUUUGGCGGCUGGUAUUGCCAUGACAAUUGCAUCACUUUUGGUCAAGUGGACGAGGAUCUUGGAAAAGAAGCCAAAAGACGCAGAAACCUGUGAGCCUUCGCCAGUCACAUCAGCCGGGACUGGAGUGACCGAGCCUGAGGACAGAGAAAACACCGAAACAACCACGGAAACUAUCGUUGAGAAGGAUAAAGAUUAA